GUUGGCCACUUUAAAGGCCGCCUGGCCGAGGUGCUGGAGCUGCCCGCCAACAAGCAGAAGCUGCACCGCGACAACGUCGGCUUCCUGUCGGACCACUUCUCAUUGGCGCACUACAACGUGGGGCCGGAGGUGACGCUCACAUUGUCCACCAAGACGCGUGGCCGCAAGUAG